CUGUUCUAUUGUACCGGAGGGAGGAUGCUACGAGAACGGAUCACCGUCCACUUUAUAUCGUUCCGUUAAUCAGGGGGGUGUUUCCGUCCUUUCGCAAUGGCCUGCCUCUGCUAGCAUAAUAGAUCAUCCGGCAGGAGGAGAAUUCGACGACGGCCCCGUCUGGGUUCUCUGAAAAAGAUCGACGAUGUUGUGCCUUAGCACUUCGCGCGCUUUCGCGGCAUUCGUCGUUGUUUUCGUAUUUCUCUCGGUCGUCGCCGAGUGCGCCCCCGAUUCCAAACCCCCUCCUGUCAAUUGCAGCAGGCAAUGCGUUGCAGAGCGAUGCGAUAAUGUGUUAAUCAAUUACGGAAAAUAUUGCGGAGCCGGGUAUACGGGCUGUCCCGGCGAGGCGCCGUGCGAUGAUCUUGAUGCAUGUUGCAAGAAUCAUGACGAUUGCGUUGACAAAUUUGGUAUGCUUCACAUGAAAUGCCACAAGAGGUUAAGGAAUUGCCUUGCGAGAGUGCACAAAUCUGGGAAGCCCGGAUUUUCCAGUGCAUGUCCUGUCAGUACAGCUGCGCCAACCAUGAUAAAGGGCAUAGAUUUGGCCAUCUUACUGGGCCAACUGGGUGAUAAAAAGGCCUAUUGAAGUGUACCUCACAAAACUUAAACCCUCUUUAUAUAUCCCACAUCAAUGAAAAAUAAUAUGCUACUUUUUUCUUGGGCCGAAAUAUGCAACAUCAAUUCAUCAAUGAAGCUAUUGAUCUUUCGGUCAUAUUGAAAACAAUCAUAUAAUUUUUUUUUUAAAUGGCGUGAGAGAGAGAGAGAUUGGCAAUUUGGCUUAUUUAUACCAUCUUCUUAGUCUGUGAUAAACUAACUUGUCAGUCAUGAACUCUGCCGAGUCUUGUUACACGAAUAUGUUCCAGCAGGAUUCUGUAUCCUGCUGCCAUUCUGUAUCCAUAUCCAAAUAGUUGAAUUAUACUUUGCCUAUGGAGUUCAAUAUUAA